AUGAGGUGGCCAUUUGGAGCAAAAGAGAAAGAACAAGAUACCAACCACAACACCAGCCGAGACUCGAGGACAUUCCUACUACAAAAGCAAACAAACACUUCAACAGUACAAAUAAGAGAAGAAGAAGUAGUAGAAUACAAGUAUGCGCCCAAACAACAAGACGAGGAACAACCAAUGGACUUGGGUACCUUGCAAGAUAUCUUUAGCUUUAGUUUCAUGAGAGGUCGUCCCAUUUUAAAUUUUAUUUUGGCUAUUCUGUGGAGUGUCGGAUUACCAGUGUUACUCUAUAAUAUAUUCAAACCACAUACAGGUCAAGUCCUUGCCAUGGUCAUUGCCUCUGCGCCUCCGCUUGCCAUUGUCAUCAUACGCAUGAUAAAAGAUCAUACAUUUGACCCACUUGGCUGUGUGGCUGGUAUCAGUUUCCUUAUUUCAGGAAUUCUGUCAAUUGCACAACCUGAUGAAAAGGUGUCUGCCAUUUGUGAAUCUAUUGUCCCUUUCACUCUAGGUACAGCUUGUAUCAUCAGCGUGAUACCUAUCAAGAUAGGCUCAUUUGAACUAAAGCUGCUUGUAUACCAGAUUGCCAACCAAAUCAUGCCGCGUGCUGAAGUAGAUGAAGAUCUCAAGAAACAAGAUAUCCAUCGUUUAACGAAUCAAAGUGGUCAAAAGAAGCUGGACUAUCUUUACACCCACAUGGCAAAGUUUCGUCAGGAUAUGCGUUACAUGACCUUCACCUGGGGCUUUCUUCUCAUACUUUCUUCUAUUGUCAAGAUCAUCAUUGUACUCACAAGCUCAAGUCUGACCAAGGCCCAGAUAUAUGGGUAUAUCCUCUUUGGGUUGACGACAUUUUUUAUGAUGUUCUUUACUUGGUUUUACACUAAAAUCAUCAAAGGUCACGUGCUUUCGCAAGUGGCCUUUUGGAAGGAAAAGAAAGAACAAGAGGAGAUGGAUAAGAAAGUAGAAACAGCCUAUAAUGCCGAAUGGGGUGUGAAUACGAUGUCAAAUGCCUAUGGUCAAGUCAUAGGUUUUAUUUGA